UAAGACCUUGGUUGAACAAAUGCAUGGUGGAUCUGUCUACGCUGCCAUGUUGAGCCCAAGGGAUUGGGCAAGUGGGGUGAGAGAAUGUCUGAGAAAGUCUCACCAUGACACCCCCGGAACUGUGUGCUGGCCUCACUAGAUUCACUAGACACACGCAGAGGCGCUGGCCAUUUGACAAAGCGAAACUGGAAAUUGCGAGAUGUUCGAGAAACGUUCAUCAAAAGCCGGCAAUGCUAUGCCCGUUGUGGAAGUGCGGCUGUGAUGCCUAAGCAGGAACAAUCCAACGUGGAAGGCCGCUUGCUCCUCAAAGAGGCCAUUGAAUUGAUCCCGAGCGGACGGUGGGAGGAGCUGACCAGCUUAUUGCAGAGUCAUGCCCCGCAGCUGCAGGCCGCCAGGCUGAGAUUGGAGCAGCAGGCUUUGGAAUUGCACUCAACACGGGCACGUUCGCAGAAUGACAAGCAGGAUGCCAAUCCAGUGCGGCAGAUGGGAACUCCGAUCGUCCGAACAGUGGCUGCAGCCGCUGCGUGGGCAGACAGGUUUCCCUGGCUGGCACUUUUGGUCAUCCAAGCCGUGAUUCUGGCAACCUAUGCUCAAGGCUUUCUGUACCGUGGAUUUAUCAUGGACGACGCGGUCGGCAUGAUGAGGAAUCCCAACGUGAUUGGCGAAACACUAUCCUUUGCAGAUCUCAUGCGACGAGACUUCUGGGGACUUCCGAUGCAUGGGUCAGGUUGGACCAACAAAUCCUUCCGCCCAUUGACCACGUUGACCUUCCGCUGGAAUUAUUUGCUUCAUGGCCUGGACUCAUCGGGCUUCCAUGCUACAAAUAUCCUGUUGCACUGCCUGACCUCCUUGAUUCUAGGACGGACGGCUACUGUAGCGCUGGGCAUGUCCGGCUCUUGGGCGGCUCUAGCUUCAGCUCUUUUUGGUGUGCAUCCUGUACAUACCGAAAAUGUCCUGUACCUUGUGUGUCGCGCGGAUAUCCUGGCUUGCUUGUUGGGCCUUUUGGCGAUGAAUUGCUAUGCUGCCAGCUUCAGUCCUCCAGCAGCAUUGAGGCCUUUGUGGCCCACACUCCGGAGCCGACCCUUCGAUGCUGCGGUGGCUGCUGUUGGCAGCGGUAUCUUGCAGAACCCUUUGUGGAUGAUCUUCCCCGUGCUGCUGAUCAUCGCAAGCGGCCUAUGCAAGGAAUCGGGCUUCACGCUGUUUUCCAUACCAAUGCUUAUGGAGCUCUUGGACUUCCUCUCGAUGCAGGCCUGGGUUCAGCACCAAAAAGAGCGCUUCGCCAAGCGCACUUUUCGCCGUUUCAGGCUGAGAGCCGGCCUAUUGGUUGCAAGUACAUUCUUGGUGUUUGUGGCGAGAUACCGGCAUACUGGAGGAACGUCACUGAACAUGUCACCACAAGAUAACCCCAUCAGUUUUGAGACUGAGCGGAAGGCAAGGAUCCUGUCCUAUUCAUAUGUCCAUGGGGUCUAUAUGCGGCUAUUGGUUUGGCCACAGUUUCUUUGCUACGACUACUCCAUGGAUGCCAUACCAAUGGUGCGAGAUGUCUUCGACUGCCGCUUGAUGUUGCCUUUGAGCGCCUACGUGGGCUGCAUGGCCUCCGUGAGCUUCGUCAUGCAACUGCCAGCAAGGCACCGGCGGUCAGGGUUGAUAGCUUUGGCACUUCUGGUUGUGUCGUUUCUGCCAGCCAGUAACAUCCUGUUCCCAGUCGGUACGGUGGUUGGGGAGCGACUCAUGUACGUUCCCUCUGCCGGUUACUGUCUGGCAGUGGUAGUUGUGCUGCAUGCGUUUUUGCAGGGCACCCUGCACAAGCCUCGAGCUCCUCCCCGUCCAGAGCCAACAAAGAUCCAACGUGGGAAGGAGAUUCACAGCUGGGGAAUUGGCAGUGGACGUCCAGAGGCCAUGAGACGAGGCUUCAAGGUCACCUUGUGCGUGACCCUUGCCCUCACAGCGCUGUCAGUUCGAACAUGGCUCCGCGUUUGGGACUGGGAGUCGUCUGACACGCUGUUUAUUCGUGAUGGGGCGCGGCAGCCCCAGUCUUCCAAGACACAGUUCAACCUGGGCAUCACCCACAUGCAGAUGCAGGAGUGGGAUGCAGCUGUAGAUGCCUUGGUCCGAUGUGCAUGGGCAGAUCCGUUGAGUUCCCUGCCUUUCUACCGCAUUGGGCAGAUUGAGAUCCUGCGGAAUCGCUUUGACUCCGCCGAACGGUGGUUGGCGGCAGCCAUUGACAAGUUCGGAGCAAGUCUCAUGGUACGAGAUGAGGAGGUUUUCCACGACCUAGCGCUGGCAAUGUUCCAGAAUGGGAAAGUGGAUCAAGCUGAAACCAGGUUGCGAAUAUCUUUGCAGUUGAACCCUGAUUUUGCGAAAGGUUGGAACAACCUGGCCUGUUGUUUGGCUUCGAAGAUGAACCUGAAUGACAGUGCCAGGGCUUUGCGCAAGGCGGUGAGCUUGGACCCUGAAAACCCGCAGUACUGGGCUAACUUGGCUGUUCUCAGUCAACAUCUUGGAGACUAUGCCACAUCCAAGUCCGCAAUGAGCACGGCUUUGCAAAUCUGGCCAAGCAUGCCCGAGCAUCGUGAUUGUGCCUGGGAGUUCGCACCGGCCGGCUGACCAGUGCAACAUUUGACGUCCUCUUCUAUAACACGUCGCAAGCGAGUUCUUGUUUAACCUUGCCGGGUGGAUUUGCACAGGUUGUUUCGAGCACCCCAGAAGUCAUGGGGUGUUCAAUGGGUAUUCUCACAUGUACCUAGUGCACAAGGCCUGCAAGGUGCUGCGCCCCAAAAAGUCAGGCAGCUUGCUUGGAUCAUGGACGUUGGACGU